CCCGUCGCUCCCCGGGAUCUCACCGGGAAGGAGCCGCUCCCGCCGCUCCCCGGCAUCUCACCCGGGCAGGAGCCGCUCCCGCCGCUCCCCGGGAUCUCACCGGGGCAGGAUGCGCUCCAAGAGGCUCACCACCGAACCUCCGUGUAUAACAGAAGAAAUGUUAGAAGAAUGCUUAGCCACAGAUGAUAUGCUUGUCGAUUUCUUUAAUGAAUUUUUGAGUCUUCCGACUUUUGCCCAGCCAGUGAAGUUUAACUCUGAUGCUGGGGCUUUUGAAGUAGUUAAUGAUGCCCCACAACAGCCGAAAAGUAUUCUACAUGAUCAAAAACCUCCAAGCCCCAUUUGUGAUGUUCUAAGCAAGGAAAAGAAUGAUGGGCAGCUCUCCAAAAUGCACACUGCUUCUUCAACCUUCAGUAUUGAUCCAGAUUGCAACACUAUGCAACUUGAUCAAGAACAAGCAAUUGAGUGGAUUAAGAAAGAAAGGCUUCCAGCGUUUCUAGAAAGUGACUGUUACUUUGAAUACAGACUAGCUAAAUUGAUAUCACAAGUAGAAUGGAGCAAGACUGGCAUUAAUUUCAUUAUAGAUAGUGACUACUCUCCCUGGAUAAGGAUAAGGAAGCAAAGCCCAAGUUCUCCCUCUCCUGAGGAGGAGGAGGAUGACUCUUCGUUGACUUCAUUGACUAUGAAGAAGUUCUAUGUAUCACUUGGCGAGGCUACAGUUUCUCAGGUAAAGGAUUGGUUUACCUUGGCAAAACAAGGUGAUUCUGUGCAAACAACAGAUUCAUAUACGCAUCCUGUAGUUUCUAGUAAAAUUCAAGAUACUCAGCAUUUGCCUGGGCAGCAUAAAAGAGAUGAAUCAUUGCCUGGAAAGGGUCCCCUUCUGGGGCCAGCAUCUGCAGAAGCCCAUGUUACCAGUGAGAGGUCCAGAGGGGCUGAGGAGGUCUACUCUGUGGCCGUUGCUGAAGCUGUCUCCCACACGCGGUCAAGAGUUUAUGUACACCCAAAAUGGCACAGUGCAGCAGAAGAGGAAGAUGAACAGGGAAGCACAACUUCUCAGACAAUGGAAGAAUCCACACCAAUAUCCUCUCAAAAUGCAAUGAAGGAACCCAUUUCAGAGCUGACCCUCCCGUCAGCUGCUGACAUUGAAACCUUAGAUUGCAAGGAAGAUGAAAGAAAACAAGGAAUCUUAAGUCCAAGUUCUGAAAGUGUUGGGCCAGACAGCAGGGCUGCCUGGUGUCUUAGUCAUGGGACGUACGACACUGGCAACAGACACGAGUUUGAAAGAUUCAAGAAGUUCAUUAAAGGAACACUUGGGGAGAGGUACUGGUGGCUCUGGAUGGAUAUUGAAAGACUAAAGGCUCUUAAGAACACUACAAGGCAACAAAGGCAACUCAGUAAGAUGAAAAAACUGUACCUGCUGAGCAGUGGAGACUAUUUCCUCAGUUCAGAAGUGUUGCUCAGACUUGAGCUACUGCAUGGAGAUCAGUGGAAUAUAAUGCAUUUAAGACGGAUUCAGCCUGAAGUAGUGAAACCACUACUUCUUUACUGGGGUCCCAGAUUUUGUGUCACUCAUUCAACAGCAAUAGAUGCUGCCAGUGCAAAACUGAAGUUUUGGCACACGUGUCAAGAGAGGCCAAGAAUGGACGUUGAUCCUUUCCCACAAAUAGUGUCAUUGUUGCCAUUGACUCAAAAGUCUGACAUACCACCUUCCCUUCUUCAGAGGUCAUCAGGAUUACUACCUAUUCUCACAGGAAGUCGGACUCUCCGAAGGGAUGAUAUUUCUAGCAUUAGAAUGCGGCCAAUGUCAGUGAGCACAGACGUGAUUCAUAGCUUAGCUCUGGAUGGGACUAAAGACUCAGAAUACCAGGGUCAUAGAAAGUACACCUAUGCUGAGCUUCUCCAUGGGAAAAGUGUUGCUAGCAGUGUGGUCUUCAGGGGAUCAGGAAUUGAAAGCAUGCUGCAGUCUCUUUAUUUGGAGAACAGAGCAGGCUACUACUUCACACAAUUCUGUGAGAAGUCAGGGAAUAAGUUGUGGAAGAACUGCGUGUACUUUUGGUUCGACCUACAGGCUUAUCAUCAGCUUUUUUACCAAGAAACCCUUCAACCUUUUCAAAUAUGCCAGCAAGCUCAAUUCCUUUAUGCAACUUACAUUGCUCCAUCUGCCAGUAUGGACACUGGACUUCAUCAAGAAAAGAAAAAUAUGAUUUAUCACAAAAUUGACCCGGCUUUUGAGGACCUUUUUGACCCAGCAGAAGAACAUAUCCUCACUGUUUUGCUGGAACCAUGGAUGAAGAUGGUGGAAGAAGACAAAUACACUUAUAGAAAGGUGGAGUUGGUGGAAGAAACUCAACAGCUGGACUCCGUGUACUUUAGAGAGCUCCAGGCUUUGCAUCAAGUGAGUUCCGAGAAGGAUGAGAGUACUGUUGCUGACACGGGGGCUCUCAAAGAAGAUCAGCACUUGCAUCAAGUUCCCAAAGAAUUGGCAGGUCCUAAUCUGUCUGACCUGAUCCAUGACAAAGAGAAGUUAGAACAGUUCCAGGCUUUUCUUGAUAAGCAUUCUGCUAGCAUGGAUCUCAUGUGCUGGCUAGAUAUUGAAGAGUUCAGAAAGAUGCUCGAAAAGGACAAAGAAAAAAGUGAUGAAAAAUCGAAAGACAUUAAAACCAAGUACUUAAACAAUGAGUACUUCUUUGGACCCAACAGCCCAGCUACCAGAGAACAGCAAGAAGAGCUAAUGCAUUCAGGUGGAGGAAGGAGACAAAGCCUUCAUGAUCAGCUUUCGGCAGAGGCUCUGCUACAAGUUCAGCAAUGUGUCCAGAAGAGAUUAGAAAAACAAUGGCUGCCAUUGUUCCUGGCAGAAGAACACCGUGGGGCAGAGGAAGAAGCAAAGCAUGUGGACAAUAAGAGUGUUUCUUCAUCUAGUGAAAUAAUUGCUUUCCGCAAGGCACUCUUGGAUCCAGUGACAGCAAAUCUGUUUCAACGCUUUGUGGCACAGAAGGGAGACCUCCUGGGGAAUGGAGUGCUCUUUUGGCAAGAGGUGCAAAAGUAUAAGGACUUGUGCCAUUCUCAUUGUGAUGAUGCCAUAGUUCAGAGAAAGAUCACAGCUAUUAUUGACUGCUUUAUUAAUUCUGCCAUACCCCCAGCUUUGCAGAUUGACAUCCCACCUGAACAAGCAAAAAAGAUUGUGGAGCACAGGAAAGAACUAGGACCUUACAUUUUUAGAGAGGCACAGAUGAGUAUUUUUGCUCUUCUGUUUAAAUUUUGGCCAGAAUUUUGUAAAUUCCAAAGUGAUCCAGAGAGUGACAAAAUUCUAGCGUCCUUGGAGAAAAAAAAGGAAAAAGAUAUGCAAAAGAUGGAAGGGAUAACAGCAAAGGGUAAAGAAGCAGGAAAAAAACUCAUUAAUUUGGCUCAACCCAAGUCCUUGACUCAACUCAAGUCCUUGACUCAACUCAAGUCCUUGACUCAACUCAAGCCCUUGACUCAGCCUGAGCCCUUGACUCAGCUUAAGCCCUUGACUCAACUGCCAAAGAGUGUUUUGCUAGAUGAGCUUGAUGUUAAGAGAAGAUCAUCAGCAGCUUUAGCACCUGUACAAGGACCUGGGAGGAAGGCUUCCUGGUCCUAUUCCAAGUACAUAGAAGCCUUGGAGCAGGAAAGAAUACUCAUCAAAAGGCAAGAAGAUCUGCAGAAAACCUCAUCAUCAUCACUCCCUGCAGGUUAUUUGUCUAUGUCCUCCCGGAAACCUGAAAGUUUUGUAAAAGCCACCAUUCCUACAAAGCCUAAAUUCUGAAUCUUCCCAAGAAGCAGGAAGCACAUCAAAAUCUCUCUGUGGAGAGAAUGCAGAGACAUUCAAUGGAGGUGGCCAGGAGACACAAAUAUAAUGUGCUUGCAAGGUUUGUUCUUACAAUUCCAGAGCAAAGAUGAUGACUUGUAAUAUUAUUAAGAACCAG